AUGCAGGCCGGCCUGCUGCUUCUUCUGGGCCUUUUCGCCGGCACUCUAGCGGCCCCUAACCCCCUACUUGAAGAUGAGUCCCGAUUGUAUAACCUCUUAGAAAACGACAUUCGAAUUCCUGAAGAUGACGAGCAGAUCCAAGACGAUGGAGCCGAGGAACAGAGCGAGGCAUUCAUCCUACCUGUCUCAAAACCUCUCGGAGAAAUUUCUGGAUUAGCGAUCGAUCCUAAAGGACGUCUGGUAGCGUUCCAUCGAGCCGAUCGUGAGUGGGACGAAAACUCAUUCGACAAAAAGGAGGUCUUCAACAAGAAACUCGGUCCAAUCAAAAACGCCACGAUUGCUAUAAUCGACCCGAGCAAUGGAAAGAUUGUCGAAGAACACGGCCAGAAUAUGUUUUACAUGCCGCACGGUCUGACAAUUGAUGAGAAAGGGAACUACUGGGUGACUGACGUUGGAAGCCACCAGGUUCACAAAUUGGAUUCGAAGUUCCACCCACUGCUUUCACUAGGAGAAAAACUCGUCCCAGGCGAUGAUGAGAAACAUUUUUGCAAACCGACCGAUGUCGCGGUAGCAAAGAACGGCUACUUCUUCGUUGCCGACGGAUACUGUAACAGCCGAGUGCUCAAGUUUGAUCCUAGCGGAAAACUCGUUGACAGUUUCGGAGCGGCUGGUGAUGAAGUCGGACCAUCGGAAUUUGUCAUUCCUCAUUCACUCGCACUCAUCGAAGAUAUGAACCUGAUUUGCGUCGCUGACAGGGAAAACGAGAGAGUUCAAUGUUUCUCAGCAGGACUCGCCGAAGGUCAUCGAACAAUUCCAGCCGGUAUCCCUAUUACAAGUGCUGAGCAUAUCGGGAGAGUGUACGCAAUUAGAGAGAAAAAACACUACCUCAUCGGGGUGACUGGCCGUGACGAAGAAGAUCAGCUGUCACCACAACUGUUUGUCAUGGACAUGGCCAAUGGAAAAGCUGAUACUUUCAUCAAGGGAAUCGAAAACGCCCACUCGCUGGCAAUAUCGGACGAUGGAACGGUGUUCAUUUCACAGAUGCAUCCUAAUCAGAUCAUCCAGAUUUCGCUUCCAGACCAAGCCUAA